UGAUGUUCUUGGUAUUUUAUUUAUUUUUUAUUUUGUCUGCUGUUUUAGCAUUUUGGGUGCCUUUUUUUUUUUUUUUUUUUUUAACUUUUUUAUUUCUUUAACUUCAUAUCUAAGAUUUUUAGUUGUUGCUUGGGGGGUGGUUAAAUUAUCUUCAAAGGGGUUUUAUCGCGUCCGUACAACUAUUAUUGUCCGUACACAAUAGCUUAUAUAUAUAUAUAUAUCUUCUUCUUCACCUGCUUCUUUAAUCUUGGAAUAUUGAAUUUCCAAACACUAUAUUUCUGCUUUGUGAUCCAAAUUUUCUUUUUUUGUGUGUUGUUGAUUGUGGUUAAUCUUGGAGAAAAACAAUACAUUUGUUUAUAAGGAUCUUCCGGAAUUUGCAUCGGAACUGAAGAGGAUUGCUGAAUUUGGAUGGCUAGUCGGGUUCGAAUCUUGCCGAAGGAAAAUUUACUUAUUAGUUGCCCACCGUGGUGGAAUUCAAACGAACAGCAAUUUGUUGAGAUUGUACCACAGAAUGUGAGCUUGAAGAAAGCAGAAAAUCGCUCUCAACUAUAUCAUAAUGCAAAGCGUUUCGAUCUUCAACUACUAGACCACGAACCAACAUUAGCUGAAGCAGGUGUCACGGGAGUGAACAAUUCGCAAUGCAAUUCAUCGGAAUCUGGUCAGGUUGAAAGUUGCAGGAAAGACAUCGAAGGUCAAACGAAGCCGGUUUACUUGCUUAACAACCCAAACACAUUGUUAAGCCCUUCUCAUCCAAACUAUAACCAUUCAAUGGCUUGUGCUCAAUAUCCUUACACCGAUGCUUACUUUACCGGGCUAUUUACUCCGUAUGGGCAACAGACUAUUGCCCAGAUGACCGGAACUGCACCAACUCGAAUUCCGCUGCCUCUUGAUCUUGCAGAAGACGAGCCCAUUUACGUCAAUCCGAAACAAUAUCAUGGGAUUCUCAGGAGGAGGCGACAUCGUGCAAAGGUCGAGACGCGAAACAAACUCGUUAAAUCUCGAAAGCCAUACCUUCACGAAUCUCGCCAUCUUCAUGCAAUGAAUCGAAUUCGGGGAUCCGGCGGACGUUUUCUUAGCAAAAAGAAACCGCAAUGGUCCGAUCCAACCUCCAAUUACAUCUUGGAUAUCGGUUGCUUAGACCAAAAGGAUAAUAAUGGAUCGGAACUUGAGAGCCGUUGCUCACAUACGGCAGAAUACGGUGGUUCAUGUACGAGCUGCUCCAACAUUUCAAGUAUCACCAACAAUGGUGGCGACAUAUCUCGCCGUGCGGUCAGUUCGUGCAAUGGAAUACAAAACUGUGCUUCGCUUGUCCGGUGAGAAAACGGGCGACUUCAGAAAACGGGCGACAAGAAGUCGGCAACUCAUCCUUGGCUUAUAUAUAUAUAUAUCAAUUAUAGUCUUUGGUUUUCAUGCAUAGUGUAAAAUGAUUGUGGCAGAUUGUACAUUAUAUUUGUUAUAAACUUUGGAGAUUUUAUUGUUUGGCUCUAUGGCCACUUUUUAGUUGUGUUUUUCACCGUCAGUGUAUUAAAUAAUAAGUAUUUAAUUUUAGUAUCAUUUUGAUUUAUUUUCAA